UCACAAAAGCUACCUGUUAACCCUCGAGCGGGACUUUCUUGAAUAAUACAUGCGGUUGUCGUUGAAAACUUGGGGAGGUUUGAGGCCACACACGGUUCGGUAGCAUUCGGUAGAAAGCUCCUCGCUCUCUGUAUUCUUCGCAUACGUCCAGUGUUAAAAGCUUCUGUCGUGUGUGACAGUCCAAAGUGGGCACGAAAUAUCGACUUUUACCACUUCAAGAUGAAGUUUAGACCAACUUAAAACGGCCUUGAGGCUCCGAUCAUGGAGUGGACCAAAUCAGGUGCCAUUUUGGCAUGGACAUCCUUGGGGUGGCUGGACCAGGUUCAUGGUGAUACCAAACACAUUUCCAUUACCUUCAUAUGGGUUAAUGGCUCACUAGUGCCCGUGACCACAUCCGUGGAGCAAGAAGAUGCCUCAGGGCCCAACAUAUCAGGCACGAUCAUUCAAGUAUUUUUCCUGAUCGUCAUUUUUAUCGUGGGUGUGAUAGGGAACAUGUUCAUGACCGGUACAAUCUGGUCCAGUAUCACGUUGCAUCGGUUGCCCUUCAAUAUCUUACUACUGAACCUUGGGCUCAUUUGUCUCCUGGAGUGCCUCCUUAAUGUGAUGCUUUCGGCUGUUUAUCUCAUUUUUGAACCUUGGAACUUCGGAUCCGUUGUUUGUAUGCUCAAUUCAUUCUUCAUGGAGGUACUUCCUGUGAUGUACACGUUUAUGUUGGUUAAUUUAUGCUUCGAUCGUGCUCUGGCACUGCGAAAUCCUCUUCAGUACAAGAAAUCAGUCCUUAAAGCCAGGAUGAUCAAGUGUUAUUUGUUGUUUAUUUGGCUAUUGGCCAUCCUGUCAGCCUCGCCGGUUUUGAUCAAUGUCCUGGAGAAUUGGCCGUUUCCCGUUCGGUACAGCUGUCAGCCCAUGCACGAGUUGACCGUGUUCUACGGGAUCUUAACCGGAAUCGUGUGCUAUCUCGUUGCUUGGUUGGCCAUGAUUGUGGCCAUGACAUUAAUACAGAGGUACAUCACGAGUGAGAAACGGAAGGAACGGAAAGCCAUGAGGGGCCAACAGGGCAAGUUUUCUACCCACACAGCUUUCUUCUUCGCCAAUGCUCAUUUGUGGAAUGAGCUUAAGAAUGUGAUGCUCAUUAGUGUGUUACUCAUAAUGUACUUGGUUUUAAUGGGUCCAUACGUGGUUAGGACCAAAGUGGACCAGAUCACAGAGGUGUAUGACUAUGACUAUUACCGCAAUCUCACCUUACCUCAUUAUGUGAAGUCUCCAAAUUUAAAUGCCACUACAACAACAACUUCCAACCCCACGCCCACAAAUGCGCCAAAUUCGCCCACGCCCACGAGCACCGGGGCAGUUGGGGAUAGCAACAAUGAUGGAUUGACUCAAGUAACGCCUAGUAAGUGGAAACGACCUGAGGUCAAGGCAGAUUUUCUAACCAUAAUGGAUACGAUCUUCGUUUGGUUGCGAUACAUCCAUGCUGCAUUGGUUCCUUGGGUUAUUUUCGGCCUACAUAAGGAUUUGCGGAAGAAGGCCAAAGAUUUGGUGUGCUGUUUCCGGCCAAACUCGGUCGAAAAUGCAUCUCCAAGGCCAAUAUCAGCCUAUUUGAGACGUCAACGCAAGGAGUUGCAGAAACAGAAGAAGAAGUUCAAGAACAUCACCAACUAUAGUGUGCCCGUUUUGUUCGCCACUUCGGAGGGGUUGCAUUUGCGAGUUGUGGAUGACAAUCAUCAAGGGUUGCCAGAGCACAAAGGCUUCCUGGAGGAGAGCAUCAAGUCUCAAUGGACCGUGGAUCCGGAGUUUCUCACCGAAUUUUGCGACCUCCAAGUGAUAACCGGAACUGAGACCGUGCCUCCCAGUCCGCGCAAACAGCUGGUUUUUGGUUCUACAGUCACGCUGGAAGGCAAAACCAGCUCCUCCGUAAGAGAAGACGAAGGCUUCGAAGAGGAGAUGCCUUUGAUUAAAAAAGACAGGGAUCGGCGGAGCAAAAACCCGAAAGUGGUUCAUUUUGACUCGAACGUGGAAGAGAUUCGCGAAUCGGAUCUUGAACCCGAUCCAACCCCGUCGAGGUCCAGAAAGCAUAAGAAAUCAUCCAAGGAAUCGAAGGGAUCUAGUAAGCGCGACAAGAAGCGUGAUGUGAAGAAGAAAUUGAAACAAAGGAAGAAGGAUGGGACUUCUAUUGAGUCGCGGUCAAGGAAAUAUCGACGGUAGUGAA